CAUUUUGUUGAUCAGUAUACGCUAUAUACAUCUCACAAACAACACACAGAAAGAGUGAGAGAGAUUCAUUCAGUUAGCAGCAUAACAAUGAGUUUGAUUCAGUUGCUCCGAUCACAAACCCGCCACCGUUUAUUUUCUUCUUUAUCAUCUCCUUCAGUGUACCAGUGUUUUAGGUCCUCCACAUGUGGACGGCCGAUUACUACUAAUCCAACAAUCAAACCGUGGAACAAUGCGACUCCAGCAUACAAGCCGUCUUCCCAAUUUGCUGCUUCUCAAAUAAGAUGGACAUCUAAAGGCACAACAACAGAAGAAGACAAGAUCAGCAUUGGACCCGCCAGUGGAGUAAAAUCUGAGGAAGGAGACAAGGACACUGGAGUUUACUACUUCGGUCCGAUCUCAAGUACCAUUAAAAAAGUAAAACUUCUAUCUCUCUCAACUUGCUGCCUCUCGGUAUCUCUCGGUCCAGUCAUAACCUUCAUGACAUCCCCUGACAGUAAUGUCAUCCUUAAGGGUGCAGUGGCAUCAUCAGUGAUAUUCUUUAGUGCUUCUACAACCGCUAUCCUUCACUGGUUUGUCAGUCCUUACGUUCACAAACUCAGAUGGGAACCCGGUUCAGACAGCUUUGAGGUUGAGAUGUUGUCAUGGUUGGCAACAUAUAUCCCGAAGACUAUCAAGUUUUCGGAUAUUCGUCCAGCUGACACCAAUAGGCCUUACGUGACAUUUAAGGCUAAUGGGAAUUUCUAUUUUGUGGACACAGAACACUGUCACAAUAAGGCACUUCUUGCUAGACUCACCCCACAAAAGGAAACUCAUGAUUCUGCUUUCAAGAACUUGUGAUUUGAAAAAUGUUGCUGACAUGAGUAUAAGCUUUAGCCAUGUGUAGAUGUGGCUGCACUUGGAAUUUUACUCUUUUGAGAUUUUAUAAAUUUUGUUCUGAUGAUAGCAUGAACCCUUUAGGUUUUAUUAAUAAAUUUGUGUGAUUUUUUGCAACUUCAAUUAUGGGGGAUAUUUCAAAUCCUUCAAAAUUAUUAGUGAUUUCUGUGUACUCUUCUUUACAAAACAAUUAUUGAUGUUUACUGUGGUUAUAAAUAUUAUUCUCUAUUUUA